UUAGGUGAACGCUAUAUAGCUUCAACAUAAUGCACGAAUUAAGAUGUGCAUAAUUAUUAUUCAUUAAUAAAUCCAUACUCAAAGAAAAAUUUGUAAAAGGAAAGCACGGAACAAAAAGCAGGAGGAAGAAGAAACGAAGAUAAGGAGGGAAAAGGAGAAAGAAGAAGAGGAAGUGGAGGAGAAGAAGAAAAGAAUAUAAAGGUAUACUGAAAGGAAGAAGAAAAAAGGAAACAGAAGAUGUGGCCGUCAGUGAUAACAUUAGCCUUGUAUCUGCUGCUCUCAUGGGCCGAGCUCCUCCCUGGUACGAUGGUCAUGGGAACAGCGCUGGCGACCUACCUCCUGCUUGGGGGCCACGUCACGCUCUGGCAGAUCUACUACACGCUGCCCAGGGAUCUGAGGGCCUCACAAAGAUUGGUUGUGUUCCAGCCCUGAUCAACUUCCACCUUCGCCAGGAGCCCCUCAAGCACUGCAUCCGUGUGGCCAAGCGCUGCAAGGCCAUUGUGGUUGGGGCUGAGCUGCAGGACGAGCUUGCCACAGUCCUGGACGAAGACGACCUCAAAGCUCUUCCCGUGUUUGUGUCAGGAAAGAGGGAUGCAGCGAUAAAGAUACCAGGUGGAAUAGAUGCAGAUGAAGGACUCAAAAACGCCUCAAGCCAAGUCCCCCCCCAGCUUGAGGCCGUAGGUUUUGUUGAUGACAUGGUCUAUAUCUACACCUCUGGCACGACCGGACUCCCCAAGGCAGCCGUCAUUAAACAUUCCAGGGGUGUCUUAGCUGUAGCAGCAGGCGUUUCGAUGAUAGGACUGGACUCCAAUGACAUCGUCUACUCCCCUCUUCCUCUCUAUCAUCUUGCAGCUGGUAUUUUAGGGUCCGGCAUGGCUCUGGUGUCAGGCAUCACGGUCGUCUUGCGGAAGAAGUUUUCUGCAUCUGGUUACUGGCCCGAUUGCAUAAAGUAUAAUGUGACGGCAGCACAGUAUAUUGGCGAGAUCUGCCGCUACCUGUACAACUUGCCUCCAAAGCCUGAAGAUACACAGCACAAUGUUCGAAUCAUGUUUGGCAAUGGCCUAAGGCCAACCCUGUGGGAUGAUUUCCAGAAACGUUUUGCCAUCCCAACAAUAAGCGAGUUCUAUGGAUCAACAGAGGGCAACGCUAAUAUCAUCAACAUUGAUGGCAGAAAGGGUGCGGUAGGCUUCGUGUCGGUGCUUUUCCCCAGUGUGUAUCCUGUGGCCCUCCUGAAGGUCGAUCAGGACACAGGAGAGAUCUUGAGAGGGCCCGAUGGACUAUGCAUAAGGUGCCAGCCAGGUGAAGCAGGAGAAUUUGUGGGUAAGAUCGUCCGAGGAGAUCCUGUGCGUGACUUCCAUGGCUACGCAGAUGAGACAGCCUCCAAGAAGAAGGUUGUGAGGGAUGUGUUUAGGAAAGGAGACGCCGCAUUUUUGUCAGGCGACAUCCUUGUGAUGGACGAGGAGGGCUACCUGUACUUCAAGGACCGUACAGGAGAUACAUACAGGUGGAAGGGAGAGAACGUGUCCACUGCGGAAGUGGAAUCCAUUGUGUCGGGCGCAGUCGGGAAUGCUGAUGUCGUGGUCUAUGGUGUUGAGGUUCCUGGUGCAGAAGGUCGUGCUGGCAUGGCUGCUGUUGAACGAAAGGAUGACCAAGACCUUGACCUGACCGCUCUCUAUGCAGCUCUUGAAAGCUCUCUUGCUGCAUACGCCCGGCCACU